CGCAGUGGUUCAAACGCCGUUGGAGUGUUUACUUCAUUCGUCACGAUGAUGUGAGGUAGAAGCCGCAAGCUAGCUUGCCUAGCUGUAGUGAUGAAGUACUAGUAAGAGAUGGACGAAGUCUGGAAUGGAGCCAGGGGGAUUACGAGAGAGCCCCGCCGGUUCGGGGGAGUCAGACGCGGGGGACUGGAGGGAAGUCACCCCCGGCGUGGAUGAGGAGGGGAAGCCGGCUGGAACGGAGAUGACCGCGGCAGAGACGGUGCCUAAGGAAGCCCGAGAGGAAGGAGAGAAGCAGAGAAACGUCGUGGAGCAUCUGAACAGUCCGCACGAAGAGGAGCUCGAUCCCCGGAUCCAGCAAGAGUUAGAGCAGCUGAAUGAAGCCAGUGCAGAAAUCAACAGACUGGAGCUGUUAUUAGAUGAUGCCAGAUCGAGCUAUCGGAAGAUCCUGACCGAGUCUGCCAGGAAGCUAAACGCGCAGAGCUCACAGCUCGGGAGCUGCAUUGAAAAGGCCAGACCUUAUUAUGAAGCUCGCCGCCUUGCUAAAGAGGCCCAGCAGGAGACUCAGAAGGCAGCUCUGAGCUACGAGAGAGCCGUUUCCAUGCACACAGCUGCCAGGGAGAUGGUGUACGUAGCUGAGCAGGGACUGCUGGCUGAUGGCACUAACACUCUGGAUCCCACUUGGCAGGAGAUGCUCAACCAUGCCACUGCAAAGGUGAACGAGGCUGAGGAGGAGCGUGUGCGCAGCGAGCGAGAGCACAUGCGCGUCACACACGCCUGUCAGGAAGCCGAGGCUAGAGUCCAGAUGCUGCAGAAGUCCCUGAAGAGACUCAUCGUGAAGUCCAAACCUUACUUUGAGCUCAAGGCCCAGUUCAACCACAUUCUGGAGGAGCACAAAACCAAAGUGCUGCAGCUGGAACAGCAAGUCGCCAAAGUGAAGAACCACUACUCGAUCGCCCUGCGAAACCUGGAGCAGAUCAGUGAACAAAUCCACGCUCAGAGGGGAACAGACCCGGCUGAGGGAGAGCUCCCUUCCCUCUGCGUUGGGCGGAGCCCCCCUGUGGGGGCUGAGGCAGACACCAGAAUGCAGGAGGAGGGCGGAGCCUGCAGCAGUGACAACUCUUUAGGCAAAGACAAACUGAACACAGCCGUUGAUGCGGCGGAUCAAUACAAGGAGAAAACUGGGCCGGAGCGGGAGCGAGCCGGGUCGGACUCCAUGUCCGUCUUCAGCCUGCAGACCAUCGCCUCUGACCUGGAGAAAUACGACUCUGUGGAGCACCUGGGUGACCUCGGAGACCUCAGCGACGUGGGCAGCGUAACUGGGGAUGAAGGAGAGAGAGAGAAAGGGGGGGUAGUAAAUAAAACAAACAAGCUUCCGGAAACUUCCAUCAGAGACCGGCAGCUGCAGUUCUCCAAGCAGCACCACCGCAGCUUCAGCCUGUGAGCGCAGUGUCCGGUGGAGCCUUCCCACAGGAGAAGCUGGAAUGAUGUCGAUGUAAAUAACGCUAAAGGAAAACAAUAGAGUUCUAACACUACUGAAGUCCUGAGUCCUCCUCAACCCGCCUCCUAAGCAUGAAGAAGUCUGAGCAGACGUAUUUAUGAGGUUGCCAUUUCUUACUUCUCAGGCUUUUUGGGUGAAGAGAUUUGCUGAGACUGUGGAAAAACAACCCUGCUUCCACCUCUCCCUCCCUUCUGUCACAUCAAGUCCAUUCAGCCCACCGCCUCAAGGUGGAGAGGAAGUCCCGGUCCUCCGGAGACGCACAGAGGUCCAGGAGAAAUUACCAAACACUCUCUGACGCGGCAGAGCGAAAACGGAUUUGUUGAACACUCCUGGAGACUGUUUACACGCUUCUGCUGAGAAGCAGCACUCCUGAAACUCAGCCAUGUUUGUUUUUACGCCAUAACGAUGAAACCUCCACAUUUGUCUUAUUUGUUGAUGCAAAUGGCUGCUGAUGCCCUCUGUCUGUGUGUGUAAAGAACCUGCCUGAUGUGUGCCUUUCACACAAACUUCAGCUUCAGCUGCUGGUUUUGUUUCUUUACUAAAGAAAUCAACAAUGACUUAAAUAGUUCUUAAAAGAACUUUAACUUUUUCAAAGUAUAAAAUGUCAACUAGUGAAGUUUUAAUUGUUUGUGAAUGAGUUUAAUGGGCUGGAAGAUAACUGACUUAUAUGUGAUGUGAAUAUUUGCUGUACAGAUGUUGUGGAUGUCUUAAUAUCAGUCACAACCCCCCCCCCCCUUCCUGCUCUGAUGUCUCCUUAUGUCUCCAAUGGGCGCCGUUAUGCUCAAUAAAACAGAUCAUGCCUCCUAUAA